CUGCCCUACCCCGCCCCACCUUGCGGGCCGUCUGAGGAGUAAUCAGCAGCUAUGUCAACGUAGUCGUUGCCUGUUGUGCCAUGAAAUCAUCGUCGGAGUUUAAUGUUAGAGACGUAGCCUCCUCAGAUUCAUUGGGCCUCAGUUCUUAGGACUUCAAAAAUCAAGCCUUUUAACAUUAUAAAAAAACCAAUACUUAAAAGAGAAGAUUCGGUUAAAUAAGAGAAGCCCAAUUCUUGAAACCAAGAGACCAAAACCUAAUACCCAUUGUCUUGCAAGGAAGAGAGGGGCGGACAGCCAAGGAAAUCCCAGUAUUUGUCUGCAAGAAAAAGUAGAAGGGGGGACAGAUCAUCGAAAGACAACAAUUGUUUUCUGACAGGGGCUCUUUCGAAAGCUCAACUCCCGCGCUUCUUGGUCUUUCAAACGACUGUGGAAGUCACAAGAAAAUCUGAACACCAAAUCCUAGAUUCUUCUAUAAUCUUAGAUUCCAGGUGCGGUGCAGUCAAGGUUAUUCUUGCUCGGAUUUGUAUUAUGGCGUACCCUGGGCAUCAUGGUGCAGAGAGAGAGAUAGUUCAGGUUAACCCUACCCCAAGAAAGCCCAGGAUUUUACUCGCAGCUAGUGGAAGUGUAGCUGCCAUAAAGUUUGGGAAUCUCUGCCAUUGUUUCUCAGAAUGGGCAGAAGUUAAAGCAAUUGCCACGAAGGCUUCUUUGCAUUUCAUUGACAGAGCAUCACUUCCUAAGGAUCUUAAGCUUUACACUGACGAGGAGGAAUGGUCUAGUUGGGGGAAAAUAGGUGACAGUGUUCUUCACAUCGAGCUCCGACGAUGGGCUGAUAUUAUGGUCAUUGCCCCAUUGUCAGCAAACACCCUUGGCAAGAUUGCUGGUGGAUUAUGUGACAAUCUGCUAACUUGUGUCGUACGAGCAUGGGACUAUAGCAAGCCAAUGUUUGUCGCGCCGGCUAUGAACACUUUAAUGUGGAGCAACCCUUUCACGGAAAAACAUCUCGUCACAAUUGAUGAGCUUGGAAUUUCUCUCAUCCCACCUGUCUCAAAGCUACUAGCUUGUGGGGACUAUGGGAAUGGCGCCAUGGCAGAACCUUCUCUAAUCCACUCAACUGUAAGACUAUUCUUGGAGUCACGACCUCAACCAAGUUACUGAAGAACCUGUUUAUUCGCGAUGAAUAACAAACACUCUAUUAGUUGUGUCGUAACCCAUUUGAUUCAGUAUUUGAGUGUGUUUCUGUUAGCUGCAAAACAAGCUUAGUCUGUAUAUUUAUACAGCAGGAAACCUGACCUUGUAAGUUGAUAUUUGAUGA